AUGGCAGAGGCCAAUGCCGUGAAGUCGAUACAGGCCCUACAAGGUGUUCGACUGGCCGGGACCCCGCCUGACUCUCUAUGGAAUCUCAGUAUCCAGCACCCAGAGGAAGAGAGUCCAAAAGGGGUCAUUGCAUCAAUCACACCAUAUUCCAGACCAGAUAUCAAUGAAAAUAGCGCUCCUGCAUCUUACCCUCUCGUUCUACCAGCAUUGACGCACCCCCACAUCCACUUGGACAAGGCUUUCGUCCACGGCGCUCCAGAAUACGCUGAUUUGCUUCCCUCAACGGGCUCCUUCCAGGAAGCAUUAUCAUAUACAAGCCAGGCUAAAGCGAGAUUCACAACACCAGACCUCCUCAGGCGUGGAGGAUGGCUAAUUGCGGAGUCUGUCGCGUCGGGAGUCACGGCCAUGAGAGCGUUCGUCGAGGUCGACAACGCAGUCGAGCUAACUUGUCUGGAAGCCGGUAUCAAGCUCAAGAAAACAUGGAAAGAGUCCUGCUACGUCCAACUAGUAUGCUUCGCUCAGGAUCCUCUAUUCUCUGGCCCUCACGGGGACGAGAACCGACACCUCAUGGAGACUGCUAUUCGGAAAACCGAGGUAGAAGUUAUCGGCGCAACGCCCUACGUCGAAGCGACAACCGCAGAUGCGAAACGGAAUAUCGAAUGGGCAAUUGACAGGGCCAUAGAACUAGGAAAGCAUGUCGACUUCCAUCUCGAUUACAACCUCGAUGCUGGCAAGGAGGCCCUAGUAUGGCAUGUCGUGUCCACGCUGCACGCGAAGGGCUGGACGACCAAAGCACCCGGGAAAAGAAUCAUGCUCGGCCAUUGCACCAGACUGACACUUUUCUCAAACGAAGAAUGGAACCGACUCGCAAGCCAGAUCCGGGAAUAUGGCCUUCCCAUCAGCUUCGUCGGGCUUCCAACUAGCGAUACAUACAUGGCUUCUCCGCCCGCUGCGUCGGAUAAUCCACCGCAGGUCAGACAGCGGGGUACGCUACAUGUACCUGACAUGAUUCGCAAAUAUGGCCUUGAUGCUGUGGUUGGUGUGAAUAAUGUUGGAAACGCAUUCACGCCCUGGGGAGCUCCUGAUCCGCUCUCCCUCGCCUGUCUCGGUGUUGGUAUCUAUCAGAAGGGGACACAGACUGAUGCGGAACUACUAUACGAAUGCGUCUCAAUUCGAGCCCGUGCCGCGAUAGGCCUGGGAGGGCCUUCAUCUGGUUUAUCUUUGCGAGAAGGCCAAGACGCAGACCUGCUCAUCAUAUAUAACGUCGAUGAGACAGGCCUUGGUACCCCAAGGACCAGAAGGACCGUGGCAGAGGUCGUCUGGGAUCCUCCAGGGAGAAUAAGUAGGGAUGUGACCUAUGCUGGUCAACUGGCCAUGAAACCUUUUGCAGCUGAGAGGGUGGCCUCGAGCCCGGGGACAACUGUGGUCCUUGUGUGA